AUGUUGAGACUGAUGAUAUUGUCGUGCCUGUGCAUUGCUGCUGCAUCUGCCCAGGCACCGCCGAACCCGUGCACGGCCGCCGAGUGCACGCCAAUCUUUUACCCCGGCUUGAACGGCUCCCAGUGCUAUCGGAUCCCGAGCAUUAUCGCGACGCACAGGGGCACGCUGCUCGCGUUCGCCGAGAACCGCCUUGGCGGCUGCGGCGACCAGGGCAUGCACAAUCUCGUGGUGCGGCGGAGCUCGGACAACGGCGCGACGUGGGGCCCGCUCAUUACCGUCUUUGCCGGCGUGGUGCCCUGCCCGGGCUGCCCAGCCGCCGUGAGCAACCCAAAUCCCGUCGAGGUGACCUUUCCCAACGGAACGCGCAGCAUCCUGCUCGCCUUCGACACCAUGAACAACCCAAGCGUCGCGCACCACGGCCUGGACAUGACCAUGUGGAGCCACGACGACGGGGUCAGCUGGGUCGGCGCCCGCGCAACCGAGUAUCCGCCGCAGCCGAACGUCGGCAGCCUCAUCGGACCGGCCGUUGGGCUGCAGCUGCAGGCGCCCGAGGCGCGGGGCCAAAUCGUGUUCUGGAUCACGUCCGGCUUUGGGUUCACGUCCGGCUUCCUCGCGGUCUCCAAGGACUACGGCGAGACCUUCACCGCGUCGCAGCACGUGCUCAAGGAGCCGGGCAGCGAGUGCUCCAUCGCGUUUGCCGCCGGCCCCGGCAACUCCACCCUCAUCAUGAACUGCCGGUCGGGCCAGGAUUCGCGCCGGGCACAGCUGUACUGGAGCCUGCUGGACAACGGGACGUACGCCUCGACCGAGCCAACCUACCCGACCCAGCUGACCGACCCUGGCUGCCAGGGCUCUAUCCUGAGCGCGGCCGCCGGUGCCGGGUCGGUGCCGGGCUCGGGGUCGGGCGCGGGAGCCGCCACCCACGUGCUGUACACGAGCAACGCGGCGUCGACCUCAGCGCGCGAGCGCAUGACGAUCCACCGCAGCGACGACGGCGGCGUCAGCUGGAGCGCGGGGCAGGUCAUCCACGCCGGUCCCAGCGCGUACUCGCAGCUCGUGCAGCUCCCCAACGGCUCCAUGGCGGUGCUGUUCGAAGCGGGGGUGCGGGGCGCGUACGAAACCAUCAGCUUCGCGCCGUUCGCUUGGACCCCGCCCCACACAGGGCCGGAUUUUUACUGA